ACAGGGGAGACGGUGCGGGGUGGCCACGGGAGGGUGGUCUGGGCUGUGAGAGGGCAUGGGAGGACACGGCUAGAUAAGCACCAAGAACCUGACAUCUUCCUUGUCUUGUGAGUCUGAAUCAAAUCCCUCAGCCCAUGAGAUUGCGGAGGAUGUCCUCCGGUAACCCGUCCCCCCACAGAAGGGUCUGCCUGCCUUAGCCAACCCGUCCUCCCAGGCAUCCUGCCGGCGAUGGCCUCGACGCCCCAGUGAGGGGUGAAAGGACGAGGACCGAGUCCCCCCAGCACCGCCACGUCCCCCGGGAGAGCCAUGGAGGCCCCCCUGGAUGUUCCUGUAGGGAACCUCAUCGACUUCGAUGCCGAAACGCCCACCUGCGUCCCCCCGGAGCCCUCUCCUCCCGCCGCCCCCAGCGGCAACGGGCACCUGGGGGACGCGGGGGACGUGGCCGGGGAGGAGAGCGAUGCCACUGAAUCGGCGGACAGUGAGAAUGACAUGGGCGACUCUCCCAGGCGCUGGAGCGGCUACCGCCGGUCCUCCUCCGUCGAGUCCUUCUCCUCCAGCCAGAGCACUGAGUCGGCCCGGGAUGAGGCGACGGCCGAGCGCCGGGAAUUCAUCCGGCACUACGUGGAGAAGAUCUUCACGGGGGGAGAGGAUUUGGACCAAGAAGAGAAGGCCAGGUUUGGUGAGCUCUGCAGCAGCGAGAACGGGAAGGGCAGGGAGUGGUUUGCGAGAUACGUGAGCGCCCAGCGCUGCAACUCCAAGUGCGUCUCGGAGCAGACCUUCUACCGCCUGAUGCAGUCGUUCGCCCUCGUGCUGUUUGAGUGUCACCAGAUGGAUGACUUCAGCCCUGCCAAGAACCUCAUGACCAUGUGUUUCACCUACUACUACAUCGGCAAGACCCAUGCGUUGCCCUUGGAGGCCAAGGAGAAGCCCAUGGGCAGCAUCGACUCGUACCUUAAGUCGGCGAACAGCUGGCUGGCAGAGAAGAAGGACAUUGCGGAGCGGCUGCUGAAAAACACAUCGGCCAAGACGGAGAACGUCAAGGGCUUCUUCGGGGGCCUGGAGACCAAACUGAAGGGUCCCACCACCAAAAAGAGCGAUGAAGGUGAGGACAAACCAAAGGAGAAGCUGAAGAAGACGGUUUCUGUGCAGAGCCCAGAGGAGGAGAAGAAAGGAGAGAAGAUCUACUUGUACAUGCACCUCAAGCAGCAGCCGAUCUGGCACAACCUGCGGUUUUGGAACGCCGCCUUCUUCGAUGCCGUGCACUGUGAGCGAAGGAAGCGAUCCCCCACCACCAGGGAGAAGUGGUGCCACAUGACGCAGGAGGAGCGUGACGACAGCCUCCGCUUCAACGAGAACAUCACCUUUGGGCAGCUGGGCACCUUCAUUCACAACAUGCUGGCGUUCGGCCUGAACAAGAAGCUCUGCAGCGACUUCCUAAAGAAGCAGGCGACCAUCGGCAAUUUGGACGAAGAGCAAUACAAGCUGCUCAGUGACCACAUCGAGCAGAUGGCCACCGAAUAGCCGCCUGGCCGGCAUGCUGAGGCGGAGAGAUGGCAGCCAGAGCGGGUGGGGAGGGGAGAGAAACCCACCUUCGGGGCUAC